AUGCUUGUCAUUUUGAUUCUCUUUCUGGUUUCAACUUCAUUGCAACAGGGUAAGAAACUUGUGAAUAUGAACCGAUAUACAGCAUGUUUUAUAAAUUGGAACUUUUAUUUGCCCUCUUAUAUUUAAGCAGUUAACAGGAGAUGAUUUCUGUAUAUUUAAUGACCAUAAAUAUUUGUCGAGAAAACAUUGCUUGCCAAUUAAUAUCCUGAGCAGAAAGUUCUCUAAAAAGUUAGAAAACUUGUUCACCUGGACUAUAUCAAAGAAAUUAUUUCGCUCUAAACUGCCUCCGAACAUUAGAGAUGCUGUUCAUAAAUGAGACGAGCUAACCCGCCUCGCUGCUGAAAUGCUUAGUCUACUUAGUCAGGUAUCUUUGAACUGUCUGUAUACUAGUGUAGGCAGUUCCAAUGGUAUGCAUGAACAAGCUUUCGUUUGGUAGGGAUGCAACUGACUUGAAAAAUAUAAGGAGAAUUUCGACGUUUCGAGCGAAGGCCUUUCGUCUGGCUCCUUAUAUUUUUCAGGUAGUUGUAUCCCUACCAACGAAAGCUUGUCCAUAGUCGUGUAUUUGCCUUUCGCGAUGUUUCGCAAUGACAUCAUUUUAUAAAUUGACUAUUGUUGUACAAUAGGAAGGUCAAUGAAGUUCGAUCGUGGGUAUCCUACUUACCUUAUAGGGCUAGAAUGAGUGGAUUUUAUUAAAACGUGUGAUUUAGUUGAAGUCGACUGGGAAAUAAUUAGUUUUGCGUUCUUUAGUGAAGGUAUACUUAAAUCCCAAUUUCGCCAACCACCCGUGGCGUUCUUUGUUUACAAAAGUCGGGGAUUUUUUUAGAUUUUUUUAUACCCAACCGCAAAGCACCUUUUGUACUUAAAUUAGCACGGACAUGAAAUAGUUAAGAUAGUUUCAAGCGAAGAAUCUUCCUUGAUUUUCUCAGAAGAUGUGAAACAAAUACCUGAUAUCGUAUACGAUGAACUGAAUAUCAAAGACAAGGAACUCCUGAACAAAUUAAAGAAAUAUGAAAUUGUCCAUCCUGAAGAUGUAACACCUACUGCCAAUGAAUUCCCAGAUUUUUAUAGCCAGGUAAAUAAUUUUGCUGUGGCUGUUAUUCUUUAAUUUGGUUUCUGUUAUCAAUACAGGGUCCCCUCCUUGAAAAUCCUGGAAAGUCCUUGAAUUUGUUAAAAAAAAUCCAGGCCUGGAAAGUCCUUGGAAACUGAUAAGGUCCUUGAAAGUCCUGGAAUUUUUUUCAGUAGGCCGGAAAUAAUUGAAGAAUUAUUACCAGCCCAAGGAUUAUUGCCCAAAUGUUUAUUUUCUCCAAUUUCAAUUAAAAUUAUGUAUAACAAUUGUCCAAAAGUUGUUUCGAUGUCAUUUUUUUUCUAAUUGCAUUCCUUAAGGAUAAAAGUUAGAUGAUUUUCAAAGAUUUUUCCAGUUGCCAGGUCCUUGAAUAUACUGAAAAGGGUCCUUGAAAGUCCUGGAAAAGUCCUUGAAUUUCAUCUUCACUAAAAGGUGACGACCCUGUCAAUUGUUCUUGAAAUAUAUUUUCGAUGUUACAGGAUGAGAACGUUGAGAGAAGUAUAUCUUUCCAGCAUAAUGGGAAGAACGUAGUCCUUGAUCUUGUUCGAAACAGGUAUGCUUUAGAUAUUCUUUUCAUCUUUUAUAUAUUAUAGCCAAUAGCUGGCCAUAAUAGAUCCCGCGUUUGUACUGAAUUGAAAAUCUUUCUUGUUAUUUACAGAAACUUGAUUUCACCUCGAUAUAAGGAGAGGUAUUACCUUCCUGAUGGAGAGACUGUUUUGAGAAAGGUUUGCUAAAAAUCUAUACAUUCAUGAUGCGAGUGAACGUGGGUAGUAUCAGGUCAUUAAUGUUCUUGGCCUUUAUUAUUUCUUCUUGUAGCGAACACACGACUGUUUUUUCCACGGUCAUGUACGGAGUGAAGAGAAUUCAAAUCUUGCACUGGCCACAUGUGAAGGUUUUCAGUAAGUUGAUUUUUUAUACUGGAUAUUUCUGUCGGUUCUAUACUGUUUUCUUUAUAUAGAGAAUGAUAACGCCAUCACUUAUUUAUCCAGAGCUACCUCAGGAAUGGACUUAUACUGGAUAGCUCCUGUUCUAACAGUUCGUGGUUUGUUUUUGUAGUGGUUACUUCAGAAGAAAUGAUGAGACUUUCUUUAUUCAACCAUUGUUUGACCACGAUCAAAAGGUAAUAACUUUAAUAUCUUUCAUUUUACCCUUACUAUAUUUAUUUUUAUUUAUUUAUUUAUUUAUUUAUUUAAUAUACCCAAAAACAGGAAGAGCGCACCCACAGAGCCGAAGCUCCAAUAACGGGUUGUAUUUGACGUGGAAAAUUAUUAUUUGCAUUUUUUCAGAGAGUCGCUCAUAUCAUCUAUAGUCCGAAUGAUAUCAUGGGAAAGAAAUUUCAAUGUCGUAAGUUAAAAGAUAUAUAUUGAUUUCAUUAUUUCAAGCGGAUGGAAAGCCUUUUUACGUUUUACAACCCAAUUCGGCGAGGGUUAGUGAGUUAGUUCUUUUACAAUGCCUACAACAGUUAGUGUGUAGUAUAAACCGAAAUAAUAUGGUAUAUAAAAUACGAUAUCAUUGCUUAAAGCAUUUGAUCAUAUAUUUAUUUUCAGCUCAUGAUGGUGUUCAAACGAACAAAAGUAGCAACGAUUUUCUGAAUCUGUUUCCUCUAAAUAAACAUCAUAGAGUAAGAUCAUAUACUGUACUUACUUCAAAUAGAAGUUACAUUCUAGUUUUGUGUGGCUAUAAUUUUACCUCGUUCGUUUGUACGAGGAGAUACAUCCAGUUUUUACUUUACCUAAAACAAAGAGAUUAUUCUUACAUAAAACUGGCUGAGCUAUCCAAUAUAACUAAAGUUCGUUCAGUUUUGGUUUUCUCCUGUAGUAACACCGGAUCAAUAAGGAAUCCCUUUCCUGGACCUCUAAAAGGAGAACAGUUUAGAACUGAUAGAGCUAUAUCUAUAGUAGAAUUAAUAAAGGUUAUAUCACAAGUCAUGAGCAUAAUGUUUGAAAAUUCCAUCAUGAUAAAAAUUUUCACAUGCUUUUCCAGUCUCGUCGUGAUGUCUUGACAGAAACGAAAUAUGUCGAACUGAUCUUAGUGAAUGAUAACAGCCAGGUAAGUAUUUCGCCUUUGCAAAUAAAUGAAAUAAGAUGCAUGAAACAAAUCCUUUUAAACAUUUAAAAAGGCCGUUCAAACGGAGCCAAUUGUUGGUCCAACGUCACCAAACAUUUUUGGAUGCAACCUUGUUGGCUUCGUUUGAACAUUGUGCAUGCACCAUGACCUUACACUUAAUGUUCACCCACAGUUGCUCGAAUACUUUAAUAAGGUUAUCUGACUUCGAUUAGCGUUAAAGCUACUUUAGAUACCCUGUGCUAACUUUAUCUUAAUAAUGUGUGGAAAAAAAUUGUAUCAUUUAAUCAUUAUGUAUUUUUUGCUGGUGCGAAUGAAAUUCUUCUAUACUUCUUCUUCUUCUUCCCUUGACUGUCAUUCUGUACUCGUUACCUCUUAAGGAGUGCAAUAAAGAUGUGUUUUAAUCUUUUUACAGUUCCGACACUACAGCAGUGAUAUUGCCCAAACUAAACUCAGAGCUAUCAGUAUAGCUAAUGUUGUUGAUUCGGUAAGUUGGAGUCUAUAUACGUUUAAAGCUGCAUCUAGGUAGAUUUACUCAAUACUAUCGUGCAGCAGAUGGUGGCCAGCCUGCUGUUAUCAGAGUGAAACAAUUAUAUUAAUUAUUCAUAUUAUUUGUUGUAGUCCCCAGUUACACGAUUCCUCAUUCACUUUUUACGACAUCAACAUUUGCCAUUCGAGAGCAACGUCUGCAUGGUGAUAAAAUUUCCCUCUUCUAUAAGUGUGAGCAGUUUUGAAGUUGGGCGCCAUCUGCUAUCCUUAACGCUUGCUAUUCGGAUCAUGCCUGUAUAUGUAGUACCUCAUUGUAAAUGCACGAAAAAACACACAGAUUAUCUAUUUUAGAUCUACAAAGUUCAUAAUAUCCGUAUUGCUUUGGUUAUGAUUGAAACCUGGACAAGUGGUGAUCAGAUAUCGGUUGUCACGGAUUCCGAUGCAACAUUGACAAGUUUCACAGCUUACAAAAACAAUGUCUUGGAUGCUAAUGACGAAACGAAGGAUCACGAUAACGCUCAGUUUCUUUCGUAUGUAAUUUAAGCUGUGAUGUUGAUAUAUUCAUAUGUGUGUGCUGUUAUACACACGCAAAAAUCUCGCAUCUUGUAUAACAAGUUUGUCAACAAGCCGUCAACAAGUUGUCUUCGCACUGCUUGUCACAAGUUGUCAACAAGUUUGGAACAAGCUGUUAACAAUUUGUAACAACAACCUGAUAUUAUCAGGCUUGUUACAAGGUUGUUCCAACAAGUCCGAUACAGUUAUGAUAUAGCAGUAUUAUUACAACCUUGUGUCAUCAACCUUGUAACAUUCUUGUUUAUCAUGACUGUAUCAGACUUGUUAGAACACCCUCUGUAUGACAAGUCUGAAAAUACCAUCAAGCUUGUUACAAGUUUUUAACAGUUUGUUCCAAACUUGUUACAACAACUGGCAACAAGCAGUGCGAAGACAACUUGUUGACAGCUUGUGAACAGAUUUGGAACAACUUGUUUGCAGACUUGUAACAACUUGUGCGUUUUUACGUGUGUAGGUGUGAUGUUCCGUAUAAUCAUUGGUAAUGUCAUUACAGGCAAACAGACUAUGACCAGAACGUGGCUGGUUUGGCAAAUUUAAAAACAAUCUGUGACCCGGAUAGUUCUACGGGUAUUGAUUCGGUAAGUGGUGAAUGGCUUCUUGUCAUGUUUUAUAGUGCAUAAUAAGGAUAUAGGAUUGUGAUUAGAAUCAAGGGGAAGAGGCAGAUUACGGCACCUGGGAAGAUUAUCUUCGUUUGGAUGACAGGCUUUUGUGUUUAAAUAAAGUUCACUCACAAUAACAUUUGAAACAUAUUGACUGUUCCCGAAUGUUAAGCCUGGUUUAGAUAGAUAGAUAGAUAAAAAUUUUAUUUAAGCAGGAUAACCCUGUCAGCACGAACUACAUGCUGGUAUCAAUAGGGGUCCUGCUAAAUUACACUAUCAAAGUUUCUGUGCACACAGUGGUAAUUUUGCAUCGGUAAAUAACUAAGGGAACUAACUUAGUAAUAAACAAUAAGUCAUUUCCCUUAAAAAAAUUCUUAUAAAUCCUUCCAAACAUAGAUAGCAUUUACCGAUGCAAACUUCCUACUGUGAUGACAGAAACUUUGAGAAGCUUUACAGUGGGAAUGAUGUUGUUUUCAUUUGUAUCUUAUAGGAUGCGAAUUCUAAUGCAGCAUUCACGGGUUCUGUGAUGGCACAUGAAAUGGGACACAACUUUGGUCUUGAACACGAUGACAGUAAAUUAUUUUUUCUUUAUUUUUUAUCAAUUAUUGUUAAUGCUAUUCAGCAUUAUCUUCUAUAGCACCAUUUCAAAGUUGCUUUUAUAGCUACUAUUUUUAUUUUCUUAAGGUUGCACGCAAUGUCCAGCAUCAAAUGGUUGUGUUAUGAAUGCUGUUCUAAGGUGACUUGUUUUGCCAUUAAGAUCUUUAAACUUGCAGUUUCAGCAGAAGCUUUCGAAGGUCCUUUUCUAGCCAGAAGAUACAGAUCAACAUGAUCCUAGAAGAUGCCAGAAUUCCCUGUUUAUUUUCGUGCUGAAGUGAAUCAUGCGAACGCAAAGAUUUCCCCAAUUUUUCCAUUACAUUCUUAAAUAUACGGAAAAACUUUCAUAUCUUUUCUCAAACUAUAUUUUAAAUAUUUUAGCUUAACACCACCAGAGGAAUUUUCCCAGUGUAGCAUUAAUGAUCUUAAUGAUCUGCUUUUGGAAAAUGUUGGACAUUGUCUCUUUAACCAACCAACAAAGGUACAUUGUAAAAUAUCCGCUAUCCAGUUCGCGGUUAAGCAAAAGAAGCAAAGCAAUUAAUAGUUAGCUACAGGUUGACCAUCAUCUGGUGUAUCUGCUAUGAUUAGUGAAACUUGCCUAUAACUGGCUUUGUGUACGGAUAACUCCACAUUCCAGUGAAAUUUAUAUAUUCCUUUUUAUUCCAGUUGGCAACAGACGCAGCCUGUGGCAAUGGUUUCGUAGAGGAUGGAGAAGAAUGUGACUGUGGUGCACAAGAGGUGAAAUUAAACUUAACUAUUCCCUAGCCGUGUUUCCCAAAGGUAGACAAACUAGGAAACAUUGUUUCGUGGACAAUCAUGUUUUUCAAAGGUGGAAAACCAGGAAACAUGGUUUCCUAGCCAUGUUUCCCGAAGGUGAUAUUAUACUAUUCUAGUAAUAUUUUGAAAUCUUCUUCAGGACUGUGAGCGUGUUAACGACACUUGCUGCAAUUAUACUUCAUGUAUGCUGAAUGACGAAGCCCAAUGUGCUGACGGAGUUUGCUGUAGUAACUGCCAGGUAAGGAAUGAAUAUACUGUUGUGUGCAGUAACUAGAAAUGAAUGAUCUUGUAUUGCAUGGAAUAAUAUGGCAGGAAACUGUACUUGUGCAAAGAACGGUCUUAUUUGUAUCCUAAACUUUAUUAGCCAACGUGUUGAUCUUGACUCUAACCUUUACUUAUAGCCUUUACUGUAAAGUGGCCCUCUUCAAUUUUUGUUUUUCGCCGUAGUUUAUCUCUAGAGGUACAGUUUGUCGUGAAGCUGUGAAUUCGUGCGAUGUACCGGAGUUUUGUAAUGGAACCAGUGAGGUGGUAAGUGCUUACGGUAUUACAUACCUGUCUAAGUUUUGGAACCAAAGCUCUAUAUAGGGAAGUUGAUAUUAUACUACUUCCUAUCAGAACCUGAAAAAAAUGUUUAAAGUUGCUUGGAUCCUGAAUUUGCUUUUUUCAAAUGUUCCUCUAAAGUGCGUAAAACUGGAAAAUUUGACCGUACGUUACGCCAUUAGGGAGUUUAAGCUUCGUGUUCAAACGUCAAAUGGCAAACGCUAAGGGAAGAAAAAAUUUACGCUGCAAGAUAAUAAAUGGGAAAUCAACUUGCUAUUUUAAGACUGUAAUGUAUGAUGAUUCUUUAAGCAAAAAUUCUGCCAACAAAAUUCGACUAUGCCGUAUGUGUGCGACGACAAAGCAUACUUGAAUGUCUUUAUGUUACAUGUCCCAUAACCUAUGUCUGAAAAGUUGAAGAACGUUCUUCAAUCUUCUUGCUAAGGAGGGUUACAUUUAGUACGUAAGCAAAAAGUUUCGAAAAUUGUACCCCUCCCUCCCCCUUGUACACAAAGAACAAUUGAAAUGGCAAACAUUUUGAUUCCCCCUUUCCCCUUAGUUCCGUAGGUACCCAUGUCUGCUUUCUGCUCUUGAUUCCAUUUCUCUUUUUAUCUCAUUUCAGUGCUCUGAUGAUCUGAUUGUUGUGAAUGGUUUACCCUGUACUGAGGUCCGGCACUGUUUGCAAAUUUUGUCUUCUAAGCCAGUGGCCGGUUGUUCAAAGCUGGGUUAGCUUAACCCUAGGUUAACCUAAAAUUCAAAGCAAACUUCCUGACAGCUUGUCUAUAAUUUUGGAAAUAUUUCUUCAGAGAUCUUGUCCGGAUCGAUAGGAGUUUACUUCUCUCACGUUUUGAAAUAAACAGACGUGCACAAAUACACAAACUAAAACAGCAGGUUAAAUUUUAACCCGGGUUUCGCGCUAACUCACCUUUGAACAACCGGCCCCUCAUGACGUUACCGCAUAACAGAGAGUUUAAACAUGCGAAACUUUUAGACCCACGCGUACAGAGAUGGCGAAAGUAGUUCUUGAGAUCACGAAAGUGGACGUUCUUUAUUUUCAGAACUGCUGGCGCCAUGAUAAAUGAAUGAAUUGUGUACUCGUGACGUCCUUAUUGACACUGAGUAGAGACAUACAGAGACGUAACUAGUGUACCCACUUUACGGAGGACGUAAAACCUAAAACUAUGUUGGUGAAGUUCAUUCAGCUCAGAUUAAUAUUGUGUGUUUUAUAUGGACAAUUUUUUAUCUUUCUAUAGGGUUAUUGUUACGAAGGGGAAUGUAGAACUCAUGAUCAUCAAUGUACUGAAUUCUGGUCUGGCGGUAGGUUUCCGUUUAAUUUUCCUGUUAAAACUUAAUUGCUUUUGUGCUUCAUGUAUGUCCGCCUGUCCCGUUCUCGCCUUUCCGACCACUCCGGAAUUAUUGAUUGGGUGAAAGGCAUCAAAACGUCCUGUUUCGUUGCUGCUGGACCGACAUGUUUUACUGGUUCGAACGGACUUUAAGUUUUGUUUUGUGCUUCAAUAGGUGCUUACAAAGCGGACGAUUUCUGUUACGAAUUUGUGAACACAGGUAGUGAUGAAUUUGGUUACUGCAAGAAACUUCCAAAUGAUACAUACAUGCCUUGUGCAGCAGA